AUAUCGACUCCGGCCUGCAUGCUCUAUCUCCGUCCGUCUUUCGAAAUGAGACAGUGAUGGCUGAGCGCUCGUGCCAGACGGACCUGUACUAGGUGUCCCCAAAACAAAUAUAAGAUUUACUUAUAAAAACUGUGCUGUGUUGUGUGUCCUAGUGAUAUACCGUGUGCACCAAAACCUUUAAGUUAUAAUGGGUAACAAGCAAUUGAAUAAAAAGAAGACAUCUCGAAAAAGACAACUCGGAAGAUUCCAACAAACAAUGGAACUAACGAAAAGAAGAAAAUUGGAUAAUUUCACAGCCGAACAUGAUACUAUAUCUUUAGACUACAUCGAACUGCAAAAUAUGGAAAUGGAAUCUCCGAUUUCAUCAACCACUGACAUUCAAAGUAACGAUGAGGCGACCGGCUCAAACAUUUUGAACCCACGCAUUGCACAGGUGGAUGACACUUAUCGGGUUCCUAGUAUAUUAGAGGAAGAAGAUACCCAUGAGUUACAAAUAUCGUUCAAUGUGGAAGAAGAGCUUCCUGACAAAACCGUCGGUCGAAGAAUUGUCGCAGUUAGUUACCAUUCGAUUCGAUUCCUCGCAUUUUAUCCAAUAAAAGAUUGUAUGGAAACUAUAUACAUAAACGCAAUAUUUCACCGACAAAAUCGCAAUUUUCUUGUUUUGUUCAUACUUCAAGAUGGACUCUUUGUGACCUUGACGUCACGGUCACAUAUCGUUUUGUUCGGGGCGUUUCGCGAGUGAAGUACGACUGUCGGACUUUGACUAUCAUUUCUGACUUUUGUAUUCCUUUAAUGCAAUGGAUCCCAUAUAGACUUUUGAUCCUAAAGACAAACCUGAUCGAUUGAUACCAUAAAUGAAAAUUAGUCAUCUAUUAUCGAUAAGUAUAUAUGUUUUUCUUCAUCAAAUUAUCAAUAAUUUUCAUUUUUUAGAUUGUUCCCUCUAUAAACUCCUAAUAGUCUACCUUGGUGCCAAAUAGGGAAUGCAAAUCAGUUAUUUUUUGUAUGGAAAUAAUCGGUUAUUAACCGAAACCGCGGUUAUUUCCAUACAAAAAAUAACCGAUUUGCAUUCCUUAGUGCC